CAUACGGUAAUCGCGCAUAUGUAUUAGCGCUUGGCAAUGGACCGGCGGCCCACGGAAAGCCCCGGACGGGCCGCGGAGCAUGCACUCCUCACCAGAAUACACCUGCUGAGCCUCGCUGAUAACCCGUCCGCGACGACGUCGGCGUCCGCUGCGUCCGCUGCAUCGGUGCUCACGGCGGAGGCUGACGCGGCCGUGGCUGCAGUCGACCGCAGCGUCGCUGCGGCCGUGGCUGCAGCCGCUGCGGCCGCUGUCGACGGCGACGCAGGCGGCAGCCGCUGCCAGCGGCAGCAGCAGGUGGCGGACUGGCGCCGUGCGCUGGCGGCGGGCGGGCACAUGCUGCGAGCUCUGACGGCAGCAAUGGUGCAGGAGCAGCGGCUGGCCGGCAAGCAGCAGCGGGGCGGCAGAGCAGCGGCGGCGGGCAGCAGCAGCACCCGCGCCCAGUCCACUUUGAAACUCCUCGUCAGUGUGGUACAUUGCGCUCCGGUGGAGGCGGCGAUCGCGCUGCGCGGAAGCAGCGCUGCAGCCGACGAUGGCAGCAGCAGCGGCGGCGGCCGCACGAGGGUGGUCCGGGGGCUGCUGCAGAGUGCGCCCGGUCGCGCGGGCGAGGUGCUGCGGGAGGCGGCGGGGCCGGGUGUGCUGGGGACGAGCGGCGGCGCUGGCGCCGCAGCCAGCAGUGCCGCCGCCACCGCCGCCGUGGGCGCCGCCAUGGACGCCGCGGCUCAGAUGGUGGCGGUGGGGCUGGCGGCGGCGCGGGCGGCGCUGCGUGUGUGCGCCAACCCCUGCUGCGCCAAUCUGGCGGGAGACAGCGAGGCGGAGCUGGUGCGGCCCUGCCGCGGCGGCUGCGGUGGGCGGGUGCGAGGUGGCGUGCGGCAAGGGAGCGCAGUGCACCAGCCACGUGUGCGGCGAAGGCGGCGGCACGGGCACGGCGGGCGGGUGUUUGGGGACGAUUGGCAACAGGGGCGGCGCGGGUGGGGCGGGCGGCGGGGUGCGUGGCAAGGGGGCGCGGCGCUGAGGGGCCCAUAGCUAAGUAGGCCCAUACAUCCCGUAGACUUCAUGCCGCAGGCUUGAUGAUGUAUGCUGUUGCAGUGUUGCUGUUGCGGAUCAGUGCUUGGGAUCUGGCUGGAUGUGCAUGCCAGGUGCCUGCGUUGUGUCGUGUCGCGUGUUGUAGACUCAACGGCCAAUCGGCCAUGUUGCGUGUCGCAGGGGAGCGUUGAGGAGACCGGGGGCGGGGCAUCUAGCUAGUGCCAGGACACGCCUUCCGCCGCUGCAGGUAAAUAGAAG